GUUGCACUUUAUGCUGUGUAAGUGACACCACCACCACUGCUGCAUGUGACAAGGAAAGAGGGCCAAGCUAUCAGGUUAUGAAACCACACAAAUCCUCGGGUGGCCUACAGCAUGAUGGCUUCACUUUGACCACAGCAGACAUUUGAAUGUGUCAGAUCAACAUGGACUCCCCAGUGAUGGCUCAGAAGGCGAGGGUAGUUGUGGCACCAGCGGCAGCCCUUGAUGGUGGCUACGCCAGGUUCAUCCUGCUCUCCUGCUUCCUGGUCUUUGGCCUGACCUAUGGGGUCAUUAAGGCCUUUGGUGUAUUCUACGUUGAGAUACACAGACACUUUGAAACCACAGCAACAGGAACAUCUUGGAUUACCUCUAUUGCCGUAGCUACCCUUCACUUCUUGGCUCCUGUAGCAUCUGCUUUGAGUGCUCGCUACAGCCAUCGCUCUGUAGUAAUAAUGGGAGGACUGAUGUGCUGUGUAGGAGUCGUGUUUGGGUCUUUUGCCCGUAACCUGAAUGAACUCUACUUGACAGUGGGGUUCCUGAAUGGUUGUGGCUAUGCAAUGACUUGGCCUCCCACAGUGACCAUGCUGGGCUUGUACUUUGAGAAGAGGCGCCCAGUGGCAAACGCCUUGGCCAGCUCUGGAGAGUGCGUCCUUACCUUUGUCCUCACACCCUUAUUACAGCUGUUGAUUGACAGCUACUCCUGGAGGGGUGCUUUGCUAAUCCUGGGGGGUCUGCAGCUUAACCUCUGUGUGUGUGGGAUGCUGCUGAGGCCCCUAAAGGCCACCAGAUACGUGAUUUGUGAGGUCAAAGCAGAGGAGGAAGGCUUGUCCCAGGAAUUGCUACCAAAAGACGACUCGGAGCAGAGCAAACCAAGCUUUCUAGAUGCAGAGGAGCUGAGAGUAUCUGAUGGUUCUGAUCACGGGACAAUCAAGGCAUUUCUUGAGGACCCUGAAGAAAUACCUAAUUCAACCAUGAAAAUACAAGACUCAAACAACAGGACUAAGAGGGCUGAACUAAGGACCAAAAUCCUUCGCUACGUAGACUAUACCCUCAUCACCAAUGCAAAAUUCAUGGUUUACUCAAUGUUUGGGGUGUUUGCUGCACUGGGUUUCUUUGCCCCAGGUCUGUUCCUGAUUCCAUAUGCUCGUAGUAAGGGGAUUGAGGAGUACCAGGCAGCUGCACUCAUGUCCAUCUCUGCAGUGUUGGACCUGUUUGGAAGGGUGUUCUUUGGCUGGUUGGCAAACUUGAGACUGGUGGAGAUGGUGCUGCAGCUGACAGCAACUAUGAUUCUGCUGGGUACUGUGGUGCUCCUCUGCCCGCUGGCCUCUUCUUACUUAGAGCUGGCUGCUUUCAGCGCAGCAUAUGGCCUGAUGUACGGUGCUGCAGUCGCCAUCCACAUCACCAUGCUGGCUGAGAUUGUGGGCGUCAAUAGGCUCGGAAGUGCGCUGGGCUUCUUCUUGCUCAUACGCAGUAGCGGAGGCCUGCUUGGACCGCCCAUUGCUGGGUUCUUUAUUGACAAGAUGAGUGAUUACGGAACAGGUUUCCUCAUGGCAGGAGUGUCUCUCAUCGUCUCUGCUCUGUUCCUGCUCCUCCUCCAUCAGAUGAACCGCAGGGGUCAGGGCUCGUCUACCAACAACCACCAUAUGCAUACAGACAAUAUGGGACAAAGCGACAGAGCUGAAGCCAAAGAGCUAAACAUGACAUGAAUAAAGGCAAAAUGGUUUCUGUCGCUGAUAGGCUGAGGGCAGAAUGGUCCUGUUUAUUAUCAAUGGCCAAGCACUGAAGAGAAAAGAAAUGUUGCGUGUCUCACAUUUUACAAGCCUAAG